GCCGCCACCAAAAACAACACGCGCGGACGGAACAAGUCGGCCACGGGGACAGCCACGCGCACGUCUCCCUCGGAUAUCCGUCUCCCUCUCCUCUCUCUCCCCUAUUCGCCGCCGUUGGGGUUGGGAGUUGCGAAGCGAGACAAGCCACCGGUCGCCGCGCGAUUAGGGUUUGGCUUCGAUGGAGCCGGCCUCCUCGUCCACGCCUGCUCCUCCUCCGGCGGAGGCGGAGGCGGCGGCGAGGCGGAGGCUGCCGGAGGAGCUGAAGCUGCGGCGGAGGACGCUGGAGUCGGUGCUGGAGCAGUGCCAGCGCGCGCUCGAGAUGAUGCACGAGGCCGAUCUGGGGGAUCCUGCUGAAGGGGCAAGCUUCAAGGAGGUGGAUGUGGAGGAGGAGGGGGGCGGCGACGGCGGCGGGGACGAGGGGGCGCCGCCGCCACCACCCUCGGAGACCGACUACGAGGCGGACGAGCUGUGUGAUCUUCUGAAAUCAAGGGUUCAAUCGCCUGAAUUUCUAGAGAAGCUAGAUACCCUUCAGAAGUCAGUAUAUCAACAUGGUGCAGUGGAUGAAACAGUAUCAUGGGAUAUUAUAAGUGCGGCAGAUAUAUGGGAUGAUAAGAGUGUGAAUGUUAGUGAUGAUUCAGAAGACGGAUAUGUUCUUGUUAAGCAAGAGGACAUAGUUGAUGGUAUUGCAUGCUUCAUGGCUGCAUACUUGCUGUCACUGAAACAAACUAAGGACCUGACACCCAAUCAACUUCAACAAGCUCUUAGCAAGACAUUUUCAACUAAAAAGAGGAAAAGCAAGCUGCAGAAGGCAUGGGAUGGAACGAAAGUUGUUUACAAUAUAGCAUCAUGGAGCGCGACGGCUAUUGGUAUCUACCAAAAUCCUGCGAUUGUACAAGCAGCAACUGCAGCCUUCUGGACAUCCUGUCGUGUAAUAUCAAAGUUUCUGUGAAUUCAUGGCUAGACGGUGCAAAUAUGCAAACAUUGUGUGGCUGUGGCUUGGGCCUAUGCUGAAGGCCUCCCUCUCCGUUUCCAAAGAUCAAAGGGAAACAAAAAAAAAAAAGUUCCUAAACUUUGUGGCAUGCUUAGAUUAUGAUGUAAAUAGCCUGCAAGUUCGUUGAUUGAUUUAAACAGUAACAUCAUAUGCUCAAAGCAUUAAGCAACAUCAGUUACCGGUGAUGAUUAAUAUAGGGCUGGUCAGUGGUAUCUCGCAUACACAGGUUGAGUGCACGCACCAUCACCUAUUUACCAGUACCAUUUGUAUCAGACCUUGAACAACUACUGUACAUAAGCCCAUGGGUUGCGUAUCAGUCAUCCCGCUUAACAUUAGUGUAUCAGUGUGAUUGUAAAUAUUUCGAUUCAUUUGAAUAAAUUCACUCGCAUUUGUUUCA